GGGUACCACUGUUUCACUUUGGAGUCUAUUUUCUAUACUGCAAGUAGACUAUGUAAGUCCAACAGUGGUUAAAAGGCAGAGUCAUCAAAGCUUUAAUUUAAUGAGUUAAAAUACAAACAAAUUCAACACUUCUUGAUAACUCCGAUCCCUAUACCUAUACACCUUUAACAGUCCGCAGCUAUCUCUCACUUAGAGAUACAGAGAUUGCACUAAUGAAUCAUCUAAUUGCUGUUUUCGUAGCACUUCUUUGCAUCUGUCUCUUGAAAUUUGUAUAUUCAAUCCUAUGGAUCCCUUGGAGAAUCCAAACCCAUUUCAGAAAGCAAGGAGUAACAGGCCCUGGGUACCGUCCAAUCCUUGGAAACUCAGUUGAGAUCCGCCGUCUGUUUGAAGAAGCUAAGUCCAAGCCAGCUCCACUUCACCACCACGAUGUCCUUCACCGUGUGGCUCCGUUCUACCACAGGUGGUCCAACAUGUAUGGUAAGCCGUUUUUGUAUUGGUUCGGGUCAAAACCGAGGCUGGCAAUUUCCGACCUGGAUGUGAUCAAGGAGGUUGCUAUGAACACGGGCGGGUCAUUUGGUAAGAUCGAGUUUAACCCCAUGUCCAAGAUGCUCUUCGGACAAGGACUUGUUGGGUUGGAAGGGGAAGAAUGGGCCUUUCACAGGAGGAUUGCAAACCAGGCCUUUACUAUGGAAAGAGUUAAGGGUUGGGUACCAGAAAUUGUGGCUGCAACAACGAAAAUGCUGGAGAAGUGGGAGGAAAAAAGAAUGGAGAGAGAUGAAUUCGAAUUGGAAGUGAAUAAAGAACUUCAUGAACUCUCAGCUGAUGUUAUAUCCAGAACAGCAUUUGGAAGCAGCUUUGAAGAAGGAAAACGUAUCUUUAUGUUACAAGAACGGCAGAUGAAGUUUUUCUCAAUGGCUAUAAGAAGUGUCUAUAUCCCAGGGUUCAGGUUUGUACCUACUAAGAAUAAUAGAGAGAGGUGGAGACUAGAGAAGGAAACUCGUGAAUCUGUACGAGCACUGAUCCGGGCUAACAGCAAUGAAAGGGAAAAUUCUUCAAGUCUACUUGGUCUUUUGAUGUCUUCAUAUAAGAAUCAGAAUGGUCAAGAAGAAAGGUUAGGAGAGGAAGAAAUUAUAGAUGAGUGCAAGACAUUUUACUUUGCAGGAAAGGAAACAGUUGCUAAUGCUUUAUCAUGGGCACUUCUUCUUUUGGCAUUGAAUCCGGAAUGGCAAGACAAGGCAAGAGAAGAAGUGAUUUGCAUCUGCGGAAACAAUAAGCCUCCAGUUGCAGAGAAUUUGAAUGACUUGAAGAUCGUAAGCAUGAUAAUCAAUGAAACACUUCGACUCUACCCUCCAGCAGUGAUGUUGAUGAGGCGAGUAUGCAAGGAUGUUAAGCUAGGAAAGCUAAACGUUCCUGCCCGUACACAGCUUUAUUUGGCACUGACUGCUGUUUAUCAUGACACGGAUAUAUGGGGAGAAGAUGCUAACAAAUUCAAUCCCGCAAGAUUUAAAGAAUUCCGUAAGCAUUCAGCCUCGUUUAUUCCAUUUGGUUUGGGUCCUAGAAUUUGUGUUGGCCAGAAUUUAGCCAUGGUCGAGUUGAAAAUUGCUGUAGCUAUGAUUAUCAGGCAGUAUUCUUUGGCAGUGUCGCCAACAUAUGUUCAUGCCCCAAUGCUGUUCAUCACCCUGCAGCCCCAAUAUGGUGUACCGAUAGUCUUAACAAGGAUGCCAACUGAGUAUUAGCUCGAUAUGACGGCUUUGUUGUCAAAAACUCUUAAGAGCUCCUCAUCCAUGUAAAAUAUUUGUAUCAGUAUCUGAGCUGGAACGAACAAAAUUUGCUUGUUAACCUUAUAUAUGUAUAAAAGAUGUAUUUUUCCAGUAGUUUUUUUUUAAUCAUAUUUAGAACUUUAACAGAUCAUAGAUACAUCCUUAAGCAUGAAGAAGACCCUUGUUAGUUGUUACUCGUACAUAAAACAAACAAAGGCUAGAGAGAAUUUGAAUUC